UCUCUCCUCAUCCCUUCACCUUUCUCUCUCUUAAUUUCUCCAUUUUCAUUGCUUUUUCAAAGUCUCUCAGUUUUACAUUUUUUUAAAAAAUGGCUGAGUCGACUCAACCAAUUAAACGUUCAAGAGAAGAAGAAUCCCAAGAAAUACAAGAAAAUUUAUGUGAAGGUAAUAAUACAAAGCGCCAUAAAUCAUCUUAUAAUGAUAUCCUCUCCAUUCUUGAAGAGGAAGAAUACGGGUUUGAAUCCGACCCGGUUUCUGGGUCCGACCUAUUCGCCACCCUUCAACAAGAACUUCUCCCAAAUGACGGGUUUGAGGCCGACCCGGUUUCUGUCGGGUCGGAUAUUUCUUCUAAAGAAGAUGAAGUAGAAGAUGACAGAAGUAGUGUUAUUAGACACCUUCUAGAAGCUUCUGAUGAUGAACUAGGUAUUCCCAGUGGAGAUGGAACCAACGGUGUAGAUUUAACGUUUGCUGAAGAAAAUGAAACAUAUGGUGGUGAUUUUCCGUUUGCUAUAUCUGAUGGUUUAUUAUGGGAGUUUGAAGAUGAAGCUGCUAACUAUUAUUCUUUGUUACAGUCCGAACUUUUUAUGUAGGUUCUUUUUUAGGGUUAGGUUAGAAAUACUGAGGAGAGGGAAUAUGGAAAAAAAGGAAAAUGUUUGGGGGUAUAAAGUGAAAAGAAAAAAUAUGAGGGUGAAAAAGAAAAGAUGGAAGAGGUUUUUAGUUUCUAUAAUUUUGCCCCAAUUCGCUCAUCUAUUGUAUAUUUCCCAAAGUACCCCUUCUCUGGUUAGAAUAUUACUUAGCAAAAUGUAGAAGGUAAAAAAAUUAUUCGUUAUAUGGAAGGUCUCUUUCCAUUUAUGCCCUUGA